GGCCAAUGGGCGCGCGCGGGCGGUGGCGGCGGGGCGGGCCGCGAGGGGCGGCGGUGGGUUGAGGCGCGGCGGCAGGGGGAGGGACGGCUCCUCACGACUGGCGGCGGCGAAGAUGGCAGAUUUUUUGAAAGGAUUACCAGUCUACAACAAAAGCAACUUCAGUAGAUUUCAUGCGGACUCUGUAUGUAAAGCAUCAAACAGAAGACCGUCGGUAUAUCUUCCCACAAGAGAAUAUCCAUCUGAACAAAUCAUAGUAACAGAAAAGACAAAUAUACUUUUGCGUUAUUUACAUCAGCAGUGGGACAAAAAGAAUGCAGCAAAGAAGCGAGAUCAAGAGCAAGUGGAAAUAGAAGGUGAGAAUUCGGCACCUCCACGGAAAAUCGCUCGGACAGACAGCCAGGAUAUGAAUGAGGACACUUAAACUCUUGGCUUUCUCCUCUACUACUUUGCAGGCGCUUCCUGUUUUGUCUCAAAGUGUGUAAAUUUUGCCCCUUGCCCCCAUCUCUCACCUCUCCACUAUGCAGCCCAAACCACUUCAGACUUCAUAGGAGCCAAUCUAUUUAUUUUUUUUCUCUGUUUUUUUUAUUUAUGCCGUAAAACUUACAAAGCAAUGGUGGAACAAUUCAGUAAAUGAUGUAGUAUAACCUUAGUUCCUCCUUUCUAAAAACAUACACUGUCACUUUUACAGAUUUUGUUAAAUCUGAUACCUAAUCAACCACAUCUAGCCGUGGAAGCCUGGGUAAGAGAUGUGGGUUACUGCAGAACCCUUCAGUGGUAUAGGCUUUCUGAUUCAUGUUCCCAUUGAUAUAUUACCGUGGUUAGCUCUUCUCUGGAUGUGCCCAGUCCAGCCAUAAGUGCGGGGCCUCUAUCUUUCUCAAGUAUUCUGAAACUGGCACUGCACUAAAAAAAUCAUGGGUGUCAUUUAGGAUUAUGUUGAUUUUAGUGUUGUCAACUUGAUAUAUCAGUUGUAUUCUUUUGGCCUGUUCUGUAAGGGCCACAGUUGUUUGGCAGCAUACGUUAUCACAUGCAUCAGUGGUCAUGGAGAAUUCAAGUGAAAGGUGUGUUGCUUUUGUUUCUCUUAAAUUCUAACAGUCUUUUGGUCUUGAACGGACUGAUAUGUGCAACUUCUCCAUUGGAAUAAAAGGAUACUUUUAUCCUAUCCUGAGUAUUUGAUCAACAGUGUAUUUAAGCAACAGCUGAUGGAAUGGAGUUGGGUAGGCACUCUGCAGUCAGCACUUGGCUGGAUAAGUCUGGGAGCACCUGGGCGACUAGAUCUAGUUCUCUGUCUCGACUGCCGGCUAUGAAUAAUGGUACGCUGUGUUUUCCUGCGAUGUCAGCAUGUCCGGAAUGGAUCCAGGACUUAGAGUUGAUCAAAAUGUGAGCUUCCGUGGUCGCUGUUAAAGACCAAUCUCUUUUGGACUGUGACAGUUCAGUGCCUGUUGCCUGUAACCCUUCAGUGACUCUUCAGUAAGAGCCAAAAUAGACACCCACAAGUCAUCUAGGUGGAUUCAGAAGUUAAGAGACUAAAAGGAAAUGAGCAUCAUCACCUGAAGGGGACAGGAAAGGUGUAGCUUAGUAAUGAUGUCUUGUCUGCUUUAAUGUAAGAAGCUGACUUCACGCUGUGUUAGUUUCAAUUGUCGCAUUUAUAGUUGUGUUUUUUCCUCAUUCACAAAUCCUAAACACCGAUUCAAGAAAUCGCACGAAUGUUUUUCUAGAAAUCCUGGAUAAACCUAGUUCUGAGUGACUGCAGUGGCCAAAAGCUUUGAGGACAGGGUUUCUAUUAUCCCCUUCUCCACAACGUUCCCUUCCAACCAGUGGACACCACGUGUUUAGGUUUGGGGGCAAAGAGAAUAUGAAGGGAGAUAGACUGUUGCUGACAACUAUAUGUUAUGAGGCAGAACUUUGGGAAGAGCAGGGCACAGCUCAUGCUGUGUUUUAAACUUGCAUUAGGCACCAAGUUUCUCAUAUAGCGAGUGAAUUUAACUUAAAGUUAACACUGAAUAGUUUAGACCUUCUGCCUCAAAAGUUACCUUUUUGCUGUGGCAGUAACCUCCAAAUUAUAGGGAUGUCAUUGAAAAUGCCACCUUUGAAGAUAAAAAUACUUAGAUUUCUUUGUAAAUCACUGGCGUUUGCAAGAGGACUCCUCCCAGAGUUACGCUGUCAAAAAGUGCUUUUGUGCAAAAUGCAAGAUGUUAACUGAAGAUACCUUGUUAGCAUCCAGUUUCACAAGGAUGUACUUAAAGUUGAAAUCGAAGAAUCCUGUGAAGAACUGUAAGACACCAAAAGAGGAAAUGGACAUAUAGCUGGUGGUAAAGUGUGACCAAUCUGUGUGUUUAGCAAAGUUUGAGAGCUGCAGCCUUGCAGACUAAUGUUUGUACAGUGCUUUAAAGUUGUAAAAUGCUGUAUAAUUCUUGGCUAAUAUGGCAAGGUUUGAGCUUUGCUGACUUCUCUGCUAGACAGAGUGAUGUACUAUUAAAGAGAGUUGGCAGUUCCUUCCUGUUGUAAACCCCCGUCUUUGUUCCCUCUGUGUCUUUAAAAAUGAUCUUGCUGGUUACAGGAGCCUUUGCUAUAUUUCAAAUAUUUUUAGUAGGUACAAGAAAAAAGUUGGGUGUUUUUCCUCUCCCAAAAGUUGUUUUGAAAUGAUGGAGAAACAAGUUUUUGAAGGGAUGCAAGUUUAAGUAUCAAAUCGUAGGGUUUUUUUUGCAUUGGUGGCUGUGUGCAAACAGUUUGGAUCUUUUUACACCCUAUCCAAUUUAAAGUGAAAGCUCCCUUCUUCCCUCCUUCAUUCUCCAACCUACUUUCCAUGCUGCUACUGGCUCAAGAGUGCUAUCCUCAAGCUAUUGCACUUUGAUCCUAUAUCCACAGCUGUUUAAUACAUGGUAAGUGUAUCAGAUUUGAAUGUUACAUGGAAGAUCUUACUUGCCUAACUCUGACUUCCUGGUGCCUUAGUGCAUUUAAAAAAGGAAACAAAAAACAAAAACCGUGGAUCUUUGCUGACCGGACUGUUUGUAUAAUACCUAGCUCCUCUAACUUCUGAUUCUCUUGUUACAAAGUGACUGAAAUUUAGUGACCCUUAGGGGUUUUUUGUAUAUGUCUGCAUAGUGGUAUUUUUAUUGUUUCUGUUCUCAAUGUAUACUAAAGGUUUAGGUUUUUUAAUGAAAAUUUGAGAUGCUUGUCAGAGAUAAGUAUUUUAGUUGAAUAGUGUAUCUUUUGUCUAAAGUCAAAGCAGCAGAAAUGUGUUUCUUUGAUAUCAGAGGAGGGCGAGUCCUUCCAGGAACAGCCCUUUACAGCAGACUAUCUUGUUAAUAGGCAUCUGUCCUGCCAGGUGAAGUGCUCCUAUGCUACACACCACUAGAGCUUGUGCCCACUGAGAGCAAUUAGGUGUAUGCUGGGUAACUUUAGUAUACUAGGAAGUUAGUCACUGCCUUUCUCUGACAUAAAAGUACACUUGUGACUGACUUGCAGGAAAAGUAAAGUUCUGCUUAGCUUAUUUCUUGAUAUCAUAUGACUCUCUUCUUUUAGAGGAGGAAUAAUGAAAAAGCUCCUCACACAAAAGAAUUGGAAAAGGAAAAAGUUUGAAAGAAAAGAUAGAUUUUUUUUUUUUAGAACAUGUUCUGACCUCAUAGCUGUGAAUUCAUAGGUAAUUGCAUCUGAGCAGUAAAGUCUGUGUUUGUUUGCAUUGAUGGUUGACUCUUGAAGCUUGCUGAGUUACUUUAUUUUAUCUAAAUACUCAGAUAACAUUAGCAUGUUCAGCUUUCAAGCUGUUUCCUGUUUCUGUCUGUGGAAGUUUUUGAGACCAUCAUGGUCAAGGCCCUGAGCAACCUGGUCUGAAUUCAGUAUUGACCCCACUUUGCGCAGGAGGCUGGAGGUGACCUCCUGGGGUUUCUUCCAAACGGAUUUAUGCUGUGAUUCGGUGGUAGUAAACACAGGGGAAAAAAUGCGGCAGGUUGGAAGAUUUGUUUUUGUGUGAAGCUGGCAAGCUGUGAAGUCCUGUUACCGAAACUUACGGAGUUUGCAGGCAUGUGCAAAAGCGUUUGACAAGGAAACAGCCCUGAAACUACAUUGUGCUACAAAGAAUAGUGAUCUGCAGCAAUGGUGUGAAAAUCCGGAUUGAGAGGGGAAGAAGGGAGCCACCCAACUCCCCCGUCUGCUUACGGCUGUGACGAGGCUUGGACCUAGGCUGCCAUUUGUUUAAACUCUUAACCACAGGAAUAGUUGAGAAAUUUUUAGGUGCAUUUCACUACAAGAGAACAGGCUUUUAGAACCACUUAGAUGUGUUAGAUCUGUGUGCGUGUGUGUUGGGUUUUUUUUAAGUGUUUUCUUAGCCUAGAAGGGACGUGAAGCAUCAGGAGGGUAAGAGAAAAUCCCAUGAAUAGUGAAAUGGGACUCGGGCAGGUUCAGUGAUGACCAGUUCUCACCUGGCAUGGCUAUAUGUAUUUAUGGUGUUGGGGAUUUGUGUCCCAAUGAUGGUUUUCAGAGCUAGUUGCUGAGCCAGGUUGUGAUGAAUCUGAAGUGUAAAGUUAACCUGAAUGCUGUUUUCUGUUAUCCUCUCCCUGGUGAGAAUGGGGUAUGUGUGCCAAGCUGUUUAGUGAACUCCACGUGUGUGUAGUUGUUUGGGGGUUUUUUUGAAGGCCAUUGACAUGGAGCUGUACAGCUUGCUUUGGAGUAUGAUUGACUGGAAAACGGGUUUCCUCCCCUCUCCAGUGUGUGCCUUAUGCAGCAAUUCAGUUAAUAUUUGGACUGUUUUCUAUAAGGCAAAUUGUUGAACAUGCUGGACAUUAUCUUAAAUUUUUCACUUUAUACUAGAUAGAUAUAGUAGGUAUAAUUCCAAAGCUUUUUUUUUUUUUUGGUAAGCGCCUUGACGCUUUGCCUUAAGGGCAAAGACCAAGCAGAAGUCUUGAAAUUUUUUUUGUUUGUUUUAAACACUGUAGCUAUCAGCUGUAUUAUCACUUACCAUUUCCUGUGUUGUUUAUAUGCCACUAACUUCAUUUUUUUCUGUUUUUAAGAUUUCCACUUGCAUAUGUAUAAUAGGAAAGCUAACUUGCUUUUCUGGGUUAAUGAUGUCAGCCUGGCAGCAGGGGAAUUGUGCGACUUAGCGAGCGUGGCUAGAGGGAUUCUAGCUGAUCUGGCUGUGUCAGGUUUUGCAUCACAUCUUUUGAAGUAUAACAAACGGUGGGAAAUCCUUUCUUAAGAGAGGGUCGAAUAUACCUGGGAGCAGCUGAGGGUAUUUUGGGGAGAAGUGUGGAGGAUGUGCUGGUCAGUGCCCCUGGAAGGGGGUAUUGCAUCAUGAGCUGAGCACAGACUGACCUUCACGCUGUGCUGACUGUGCAUUAAGGUUUCUCUUCUGCUGGUUCACAAAUGUAUGUCCCCUGACAGCGGAGAAUGCAGUCCUGGGAUCUCAUCUAACAGCUCCUCUAGGAUGUUUACUGCCAGUUAUUAUUUGAAAAGGCUGAGUAAGCGGCCUGUCCAGGUGGACUGACUAUGCCACUUGCCAGUUUACUUGUGGGUCUAAUGGCUGCAUCUGAGCUGUACUAAAUGGCAUGCCUCUUGGCCUGUAUUGCUCAUCCGAGAGCAGAUAGCCUGCUUGAAAUGCGUGCAGUGUUCUCCAUGGCUACUGAGUUAUGUUUUAUGUAAAAGGCGUGUGUCUUCUUGAGAGUUUAAUGUUAGAGUGGCAGUAGGACUUCUAGAAUCUCAUUUUCUUGUUUCAACUUCUGGAAAAAAAAUUUUCGUAGACACUGAAAAUAAAAGCUUGGUGGGGAAGAGCAAUUUUGUAACUGAAACAUGGGAAUAAAAUAUCAGCUUUCAAAUUCUCUUUAACACUGAGUGUUUUAAAAAAAAAAAAAAAAAAAAAAGAAAAGCUUUCCUAGAGUGUCCCCAGAUAUGAAGAACUAAGACUCAUCACGUGUGAUUUUAGUGUUAGGUUGUUCUAGGAAUAAAAAAAUGUUUUACUGGUGUUCUUAAUGCUUUCUGAGGAGUUUGCGUGGCUUUAACCUUUUAUGGUGGAGUUUGUUUUACUGAUGUAAACCUGCAAGUAGGUAUUCAGGUAGUAAGAUUAAAGGGCAGCACUGUCAAAGCUGUACCCUAUUUCAGUGUUUUCUAACGUGGGAGGCGGCUGGCUGAAUCGCUUGGGUGACAUGAGGUAAGCACGCACAUCUAUGGACCAGUGUUCAGUGCGGAAUAGGCUGCAGUUGCAGACAAGGUUUUCCACAGAUCGUCAGCUGUUUUCUUGUUCCUUCCACUAAACAGCUCCUCGGCCAGCAUUCAGAGGUGAGAGGCAGCCCUUGUUCCUCAGCCAGCCGGCGCUGCGGGAAAGCGAAGCUGCCUUGUGCACAAUGAGGAUGGUAGUUUGUGCUCUGCUUGCUCUAACUCUGUUUUUAAUGUCUUCGUUUUCGUGACCAAAGCAAACUUCACUUGGCUAGCAGACUAGCAGUAGCGUUGCACUGGCAUCCUCACUGCUAGCAGCUUCAUAAACAAGGACAGCUCAUCCCUGUUAGCUCUUCAGGAACUGCAGUGCUGUAAUUCAUGGUGUGUUGCCAUUAAACACACGGUGCUUUUCUGAGGGAGAAGAUGCCGAACAGUAUAACUGGUCGAAUGCUCUUCCCUGCUUUGAUGAGCAGCAUGUACGUGGAAGUGUAGAAGUGAGCGAGAUGGUCAGGACUAGUGGCCGUGUAUCCGGUGGAACAUGCUAGCGCAGCUGGUGGAAAGCGGGACUAGCCGUUUAGUUCUGUAACAAUGGCUCGGGGGGAUUACAGAGACAUCGAGAUGGAAAGCGAGCAGUGACUAAUCAAUUAUUGUAAGAAAUAGCGUGGAAUCUGAAUGGAUGAUCAGAGCUGAGUCACUGCAUUGUCUGUGGUACAGUCGGACUGGAUUUCCAAAUGCAUUCAUUUCUUAUUAAUCAGAGCACGGCGUGUGCCAUGAAUAGGCUUUACUGUUUUUUCUUUUUUUUAGCUAAACUACCCUCCCUUUGACCAGUUCCACAUCAUAGCUGAAUGUCUGAGUGUGGGUCGGAUCCUUCUAAGUCAUCUGCAAUUGCUUUUCUGACUCCUACGGUCUGUUCAGAACACACAAUCCCAGGCUGAUUUUCACAAUGCAGUGUUAAGCCUGUGAGUCUGCGUUACUUGCAACCUGUCUUUGCAAUUUGACUUUUCCUCUUUUGCAAAAAUACUGUCUUUUGGGACUGGGAGAAGGUUUUUCCUGAAAACUGCAUGUUGGCAGAAGGGCUGCUGUCGUGGAGUAACUGUAAAUACACUGUUAGUCGAAUGUCAUGGCCGCUGGAUUUUUGCCUUUAUUUUUAAACUAUUCCAUGUUUGAUACUGUAUAAUAAAUUUGCAGAAUUUAGAGGA